GCUGUGUUGGAGCUGACGGCUUAAAAGGCUGGAGCUAUGCAAAAGCACAUGUCAUGUGACUUGAUUAUUUCAGCUCUGCUGAGCAGUUGAAUAGAGUGAGUGAGUCCAUGCAAGCAGAGAGAGACACACACAAAGGCCAUGUAGCUUUAUAGAUUAACCGCUCUAUGUGAGAGGAACAGAUAAACAAAGCAUCCAGCGCUGAAAGAGUGCUGCUCAAAGUCACACAGAAUGUGGGACCAGACCAGUGAUCCAGUUGGAAGUCCUGGGUUGCAUCGAGGAGUCUUAAUCAAAUCAGCCUCUAUGUACUCUGAACACCACAGCAAUUCCUCAGACAUCAGAAGUCUCAUGGCAGAGCCUGAUUAUUUUGAUAACAACCCUGAUCUUAUAAGGCCCAAGAAGCUCCUUAAUCCAGUGAAGUUGUCCAGAAGUCAUCAAGAGCUCCACAGAGAACUACUCAUGAACCACAAGCGAGGCCUGACCACUGACAACAAGCCAGAGCUGCAACGAGUGCUGGAAUACAGAAGAAGAGAUCAGUUGAUUCGGCAGAAAAAGGAAGAAGAGGAGGCACAAAGAAUGAAGUCUCCCUUUGAACUUCAGCUCCAGAAAAGGCAACAAAGACUAGAGCAGAUUGAAAGAGAGCAGGAGAGAAUAGGGGAGAAACAAGAGAAUGCUCCUGAAUUCAUUAAAGUCAAAGAGAACUUGAGACGAACAUCCACAUUCAGCAUGGAAGAGAUGUUCGGGUAAUUUGGAGGCUGCCUGGCUUGGCUACAUUUGAAUGGUUGACUCUGCUCAGCACCACUUCCACUUGGACUGAUUUGCUAAGCCAUCGUGAAUAGCGUUCAUUUAACAAUCUUGUCUUAUUUGAGAUAAUGACGAUAUGCGAAGUGUUCCCUCCACAGUGAUUGGAUAGAAUGGCCAGUCUUUCCAGUGAUAAAGAAUGUUUGUUGUACAGACACUCACUGAACCUUAGAUGAAGGUUGUACUUAACUUGGUGAAAAUAUUUUUUAAAACAAAGUGUUACUUUACAGUAAAGAUGCUGUAUAAAGGCAGAUAUUGAAUCCAAUGUGAAUCUGAAUGGAAUUGGAAUGCGAUUUACUAACAUGAGAGAAAGUGACCUGUCAACACACUACAUUCUUCACCACGUGCUGAAUCCUAUGUUGUGGACUGCACUUGAGCAAAUUCUAUUCUUUCAAACAUUGUGCGUGACAAUAAUGAUGAUAGUAAUGAUGCACAUAGACAGUGUUGCAUGUUAAGAGUUUUGUGCAAUGGGUCUUCAGUGCUGCAGUAGUGUUGUUUCGCCAGGCAGCGAGAUCCAACAAAUGUUCCCUGGGACAGCAAUGGGAGGGUGAGGAUUGUCUUUGUCUUACCUUGUUGGCUGAUUGCAUUAAACUGAAACUGUAAGCCUCUUGUCGAAUUGCAGUUUAGCCAAAACACUGGUAUUGUUUGAAUGUAAACAUUCCUAAUGGAAAUUUGCAUCAUCAUAAAUUUUGUGUAGAUAUUGUAAUAUUUGUCUUAACAUCCAGCCAAAAAAAUGUGAGAUAAAUGGUAAAAGCUUGCACCUUACAGAUUCAUACAGAUAGGAGUUAAGUUAACCAAAAGCUGUACAGGAAUUGGAGCUAUAGGCUAAAAGUCAAUAAUGUAAUGCCUUGUAAUUCCAGAACAGUAUAACAUAACUACAUUGAUUCACAACAUAGAUGCAUAGGACGGGGCAAUGUCAGAUUCAAAAAAACUAUGUCACUGACAGCGAUGUAAAGAGAUGUUGGGGAGAAAUCAAACUUCUGAUUUACCCCUUUUAAAAACUUGAGGAAUGUUUUUUCUGACAUUUUUUGAUAUAAAUGUUUAACUUGCUCAAAACUACUGGAUAAAAUAGAAUUGGUUCUGUAAAUUCAGGAUUGGAGGGUUAAAUAGCAAUAUCGGUCACCAUUUUUAAAAUGUCCUGACUUUCACUGUAAUACAUGGUCUCACUUUCAGCACUGAAGCAACAUGAGGAUAGAGUCAUCAGGUUUACUGUAAAGAAGUUACUAAGCAGAAGUUGUGAGUUUGAAAACAUAUAUAAAGCAUCACUUUUUAGCUCUGAUCUCUUCAUAUUAUGGAUUCCCAGGGUGGGGAUGGGGGUGGGAUUGAAAUGAAAGGUUACUCAUCCUCAAUUUGGCAGAGUUGUAAAGAAGUUUAGCUGAGAAACAUUUUUUAAAAAGUGAAUUUGUAUUGUUUUGGUGGUAACAACUUUCUUUUUACUUUUUGCCGCUUUUGCCAUUCAACCUUUUUGCCAUUGCUAUCUCUUAUGUUUUGGCAUUUUUGCAAGUUGAACGGGUAUUGACUGUUGGGUAAGUUAUACCUAUCACAUCGCUGGAGUAAACAAAGUUACAUAUUACUGACGCCUUUCAAAGCACUCUUCCUGAAAUGGACUUUGAAUUUCUUUGAAAUUGUUGUUAAUAUUUCUGAGUGUAAAAUGUACAGAAUUCAGAUACAGUCCAUGAAUUCUUCAGGCUAUGGUUACUGAGUCUAAUUAUUAAAAAAAAGAAAGAGUUCAUGUAUUUGACUAUACUGAUGCCACCUAUAGGUUUUUAUCAUUGUAACUUAUAACUUUUAAAUAAAUAUUAUACAUAUUUUA